ACCUUUUCUCCUCUGUUUUGUUUUGUUUUGUCCUCUUUUUUUUAUCUCCAAAUUCUUCACCUUCUUUCCUUUAACCCCUAACCCCUCUUUCCACCCACCACCGUUGCCUUCAACUCCUCCAUUUCUCUCUCACUUCUACAUAAUAUCAAUACUUCAAUCAAACUAAUUUUUCUCACAAUACCCAUUUUGUUUCAAUCUUGAAAAAAAAAAUAAAAUCUUCCUCAAAUUUCUUGAUUAAUCAUCAAUGGAAAUCUUGAAUAAUCAACCAAUUCAAUCACCUAUUUUACUGUUCUUACCACUUUUUCUCUUCAUUUACUUAACUGGGUAUUUCUUAAUCUUCAAAAAUUGGCCCCCAAAAUUUCGACCUGAAGCUUCAAGUUGCUUCAUUUCCAUCUUCCAUGGCACCCCAGCUGCAAUUCUUGCAACUUUCUCUCUCCUCCAUAAUACCCAAAAAAACAACUUUUUUUUCUUUUCCGAAAAUACCCAUUUCCAAAACAUGGUUCUUGAAUACAGUAUUGCAUAUUUCAUCAUGGAUUUGACCCAUUACCUAAUAUUUUACCCACAUGACAUUAUGUUUAUUGGGCAUCAUUUAGCAACCUUAUUUGUGUUCAUAACUUGCCGUUUUCUUGUCUCUCAUGGUGCAUUCUCCAUUUUAGUGCUGUUGAUUUUGGCAGAAAUCACAAGUUUGUUGCAAAAUCUUUGGACUUUAGCAAAUGCAAGAAGGGUAGAAUCGGAAUUUGCUGCAAAAGUUUACAACUUUUUGUCACCUCCAUUUUAUGUAUUGUAUACAAUUGCAAGAGUGAUUUUAGGGCCUUUUUUUGUGUAUAAAAUGGGGUGUUCUUUGUGGAGAGGAGAUGCUGAUGGUAUUAUUCCUACAUGGGUUUGGAUUUCUUGGAUUGGAGUUAUUGUAAUGGCAAUUUCUGUUAGUAUUUUGUGGAUAUGGAAUUUAUGGAUACAUUUCUUUAGAGAAUGGCAAUGUAAUAAGAGACUUGACAAGAAAAGUCAAUAGGUUCUAGAAUAUCAAAUAUCAAUAGGGUGUAAACUGUAAUGUAAGAGAGUUAUGGUUUUUGUUGUUUCACAUAUGAAUGAUAUUAUACUAUAGGUCAUGUAUGGCAGUUGAUACUUCUAUCAUAUUAUAAACAAAAGAAAUUCAAGUGCUCCUUUCUUUUGUGAA